UUUGACUACAUAUGAUAUUGAUCUCUGUAUGUAUGUGAUGUGUGACUAAUAAAGGUUGUUAUGGUGUUGUCUUCUUUAGAGUUUCAGAUCGAGUUGUCUCAGAGGCAAGCUCCGAAGUUGAGGACAUCGUCGUCUACAUCUGACUUGAGUCACCCCAACCGUUUGAUCAAUACUGACCGGAGUUCUAAGCUUGGUGUUGACCGUAGAUCUCCUAGAAGCGGUGGGCCUCGCAGUGAACCUCUUGGUCAGAAGAAACUUGGGGGCCGAAUAUCGGAUCUGGAGUCGCAGUUAGGACAAGCACAAGAAGAGCUGAGAUUGCUCAAAGAGCAGUUGGCUAACGCUGAAGCUGUCAAGAAACUAGCUCAAGAUGAGCUUCAUCAUGAUAACAAAUCUAAGAAACCAAACCCUCCGGCUCGAGUGGAGGGACCUGCUUAUGAGGCUGAUACAAUCGAUAGAGACGAGAUCAUCCCUGGAGAUGCGCAGAAAGAGACUGAUGUGUUUGAGGUUCCUGUUGAGAAGAUUGCUGUAGUAAAAGAUGAAGAAGCUGAGAAGUUGGUUGCAAAGGAAGAUGAGAUCAAGAUGUUGAAAGCUAGACUGUACGAUAUGGAGAAAGAACAUGAAUCACUAGGCAAAGAAAACGAGAGCUUGAAGAGUCAGCUGAGCGAUUCGGCGACAGAGAUGUCUAACGUGAAAGCUAAUGAAGACGAGAUGGCUUCAAAGGUGAGUCGGAUGGGGGAAGAGUUAGAAGAAAGCAGAGGAAAGACAGCUCACUUAAAGGAGAAGCUCGAGUCCGUAGAAGAAGCGAAAGAGGCUUUAGAGGCUGAAAUGAAGAAACUUAGAGUUCAAACCGAGCAGUGGAGGAAGGCGGCAGAUGCUGCAGCUGCGGUUCUUUCUGGAGAGUUUGAGAGGGAUCGAUCUCGGUCAGCAGAGAAGUGUUGUGCAGGUGGGUUGUUUGACCCGAAUGCGGAGGUUGGGUUCCUGGAACCGCCGGGGGUGGCUGAGGAUUCUGAUGAUGGAUUGGGAAGUGGGAAGAGGAGGAGUUCCGGGAUGAAGAUGUUUGGUGAGUUGUGGAAGAAGAGAGGACAGAAGUGAGUUGCAGUUGCUCACCAUUUCUGUUUUUUUUUUUUCUUUCUAAUCGGGAUGCAUUUUGCUGUAUUUAUGUGAAGACUUUUGUAAGUUGGGUCAGCUUCAUCAUCAGAAGCUAACUAUCAAUCCAAAUCAUUAGCAGAUUCUCUGGCUAUUGUCUGUAAAAUAAUUUUAUGAACACUCAGGAAAUAUGCAUCGUAUGAUCGUACUAUCAACUCAGUUAUAAUAGCACAUGGAUGGAUUCAAUUCUAAAACAGUGAUAUAGAACUUUGAGAGUGCGAAACCUGUUGGCAACC